AUGUUGGUAAUAAAUAAACGUAUAUUAUUGUCACUAUUAUUAUAUAAUUUAACAAGUUGUGUCAUUACAGAUAUCGUCAAAUGUACUGAGACUGAAAAUAUUAUCACAGAAAUCUCGCCUGUAUCUACAGUAUACAAAAAACCGACAUCUUACAUUGACUUGUUGAUUGACGAUCUACUAGAUCAAGAAUGGGAUGAAAGCGAAAACUCUUGCUAUGAUCAGACUUUAACAAUUCUGACCAAUGUUAAGAACUCUACACUAUGGGCCACAUGGAUUUGGGAUAGUAACCAGUUUCCUACUGGUCAAUUCUACGGAGCUCAGAAUCAUUUGGGUAACUUCGAUCAGUGCCUGCGUAGAGAGUGGUCAAACGAUGAUUCGAUUUUCACACAGUACUGUCUCGUUGACAUCACACUGGCAGAUAAGGAGGUUGACAAAAAAAUUACGGACUUAAAUCCAUAUGAUAGAGCUGAAAAAUAUUUCCACAUCAAAACUGAUUAUAAUUUAAGAUUUAAUAUUCUGUCCUGGGGCGUGUGCAUGCCAAAAGUCUGCCAAGCGAAGUCAGUUGACAGAUUCACCCGCACUUUACUAAAGAUCAGUCACUUGGGAACAAUUAACCCCAACCCUAAAGUUAUGGUUGGAAGUUGCCAAGCUACCCAAACUCCUCCAACAAAUAGUAAAGGACUGUACCUACUCAUGCUGGGUAUAGCUCUACUGGCGGUUAUUGCGUGCGCAUUUACGUAUAUUACAACCAAGUAUCGAGAAUCAAAAUCAAACCGCAUUGCAAUGAAGAUUGUCAGUGCAUUCGAUCUCAACAGCAAUGCAGCAGACCUAGUUUCCACGGGUAAAGAUGAAAUCAAGGUGAUGCAUGGUGUCCGAUUUUUAACGGCUUGCAUCGUGGUGUUCCUUCACGUAAUGUUUAUUUAUAUAAUGGCCAAAGUUGGAAAUGGUUUAGACAUGAAUGAUGAUUUCAUACGGCAUGCAGGUUACCUGUCGCACACAAGCGUGUUGGUAGAUACUUAUUUUAUGAUGUCUGGACUUCUUCUGAUGAAGAGCUUCAAGCCGGAGACAGGGAGAUCGAUAAGUCCGUUUAAAAUAUUGUUGAAACGAUAUUUCAGGUUAAUAUGGUUCUUUAUUGUCACAAUCAUAAUAUCAAUCACUGCCUCACCUUACCUUUACGGCGGUCCAUUGUGGUUUAAAUACGCAAAAGUGGAGCAGGAUGUAUGUAAAAAAAAUUGGUGGUUGGGACUGCUGAUGUUGGGCAACUACAUCGACUCUUCAAAUAUUUGUAAUGAGGUGUCGUGGUACGUACCGGCCGAUUUUCACUUGGCUGCGGUUAGUACAAUUAUGUAUUGGCUGUAUCAGAAAAAUCGUCGCGGUGGUCAGUACUUCUUUGGACUUGUUACAAUCGUUUCAUUAAUUCUGCCUGGGCUCAACACGUACUUAAAUCAGCUGAGUGCUAUAACCGUCUUUGAUUUUGAGACAAUUGGAAAUAAUCGUAAAUACAUAUUGGGCUCACCGAUGUAUGUACAGAGUCACUUGCGAGCAGUUCCUUACUUUAUAGGUCUAAUAGCAGGCUACAUUCUCUCCGUGUAUAAACCAACCAGCUACAGAAACUUACUAUCAUUGAAAUAUUCAAUUCUCAGUUUCAUUACAAUUAUGGCAUUAUCUGCAACAAUACUGGUCAUGGGGCCAGCGUAUCGAUUCCGCGAAUACAAUGUCAUUGAAUCUUCAUUCUUUGCCGCAUUAAAUAGACCCAUUUGGGCUAGUCUUAUGGCAGCGUUUAUUUUACUGUGCGAAUACGGAACUUUACCUCACAUCACUGACUUCUUAAGCUGGUCGGCAUUCGUGCCCCUAAGUAAGCUCUCCUACGGGGUCUACAUGUGUCAUUUCUUCUUAGUUAUGAGGCUUACGUUAGAUUUGCGUAGUCCGGCAUGGCAUGACUUGUACAAAAUUCUGCAAGAUUCAAUGGGCAUUGUUGUGAUUUCUUAUCUGCUGAGUUUGUUUAUGGCGUUGUUCAUCGAGUCCCCAUUGAACAAUUUAGUGGCUUUUGUACUAAAAACUAAGCCACCAAAACCGAAACAAAUUAAUACUGACAAAAGCGACACCGGGACUCUUAAUAGUGAUUCAUUAAAGAAAAACGGUAUCAAUAAAGUGGCUACUGUAGAGGAAACUGGAUUUGAAUCAAUGAAAAAUGAAUUUAUAAAAGAUAAUGCUGCCCUACAUUUGAGUGGUGUAGACAACAGUGUAUAUAGUGCAAAACAGUUUGAAGUAUCAAAUAAGAAUAGAGUUGAAUCACAAAAUUGUACUACAGAAGAAAAAGUAUGGAAAAAGAAAUUUUAG